CUGCUGGACGUCAACCGGAAGUUGUGGUCCGUUAGCAGGAGCUCGUGCUUCAGCAUCAAAGGUUCGCUCCGAUCGGAGUCAUUGAUCCCCAUCGAUCAGCUGAUCACACGCAGGGAAGCGUUCGGGUGUGCUUCCGGUCCGGCUCGGUUCUGAAGCAGGUGAGGAUGAGCGAGGAGCAGACGGUGUCUCUGGUGGACGUUCUGGAGGAGGAUGAGGAGCUGGAGGAGGAAGCUUCGGCCGUCCUGGCAGGAAGUGAUUCCGAUCACUGUUCCUAUCCUCAGGGCUACGUGAAGCGGCAGGCGCUGUACGCCUGCAACACCUGCACGCCGCAGGGCGGCGAGGCCGCCGGCGUCUGCCUGGCCUGCUCCUACACCUGCCACGAAGGUCACGACCUCUUUGAGCUCUACACCAAGAGAAAUUUCCGCUGUGACUGUGGAAACAGGAAGUUCUCUGAGCUGCAGUGUAAACUACAUCCUGAGAAGGACGACACCAACAGUCUGAAUAAAUACAGCCAUAACUUCUUCGGCCUCUACUGCACCUGCCGCCGGCCGUACCCCGACCCUGACGACCAGGUGCAGGAUGAGAUGAUCCAGUGUGUGGUCUGUGAGGACUGGCUGCAUGGCAGGCACCUGGGCUGUGCAGUUCCUGACUGUGUGGAGAUGCAGGAGAUGAUCUGUGAGUCCUGCAUGAACCAACAUGUUUUUCUCUGGGCCUACGCUGCUCACCUAGCAGUGCAGGGUCCGGCGCUGCAGACCAAGGAGGAGAAAGGAGAGCAGUCGGAGGCCGGUGUCCCUAAAAAGGAGGAGAAGGGCGACGAGGUCGUCGAGCCCAGCUGUAAACGCAGCCGGCAGGAGGCGGAGCCAAGCUGCAGACUGAAGGCGCUGCAGGAAGCGGGUCAGAAGACGGACCAAUCGGGAGCCGUGUUCUGGCCCUCAGGGUGGCGCUCCAGGCUCUGCUCCUGCUCCACCUGCCAGGUGCAGCUGGCUGGUGCCGGACUGUCCUUCCUGCUGGACGAAGCGGACACCGUCCUCGCCUACGAGAACAAAGGAAAGAGCAACGAGCAGAGACAGCAGGGACACGACCCGCUGAUGUCCGCGCUGGACAACCUGAACCGGGUCCAACAGCUCGAGAUCAUCCACGGCUAUAACGACAUGAAAACUGAACUGAAGGACUUCCUGCAGACGUUUGCGGCUGAAGGAAAGGUCGUGACCUCUGAUGACAUCCGUCAGUUCUUCGAGCAACAGAGUCGUAAAAGACGUCGAGCGGACUCUGGACCGUUCUUCUCCUGAUCGUUCCUGGGAAAAACUCAACUUCUUCUUCAGUUUUAUAUUUUCUGAAUUUGUUCUUUGGGAUGUUUUUAAGCUGAGUGUCUCUUAGUUUCAUCUUUGUGUUUUCUUACUUGUAAGAAUAAAAGUUACGCUGAGCAAUAAA